AUGGCGAUGAUGAUGACUGGCCGUGUGCUUCUGGUGUGUGCCCUCUGCGUGCUGUGGUGCGGUGCGGUUUUUGGACACGCGAUGGACGAUUACUGCAGUGAGGGUGGAGGGAACGGUUUGAGGCACACGAGUAAUGGUGGAGAUGACGGCGUGUCUCUAAAGGCGGACUGCGGGUUGUUAGCCACUCGAAUGGCAUUAAUAAAGGCGGUUGAAGCUUCGGAUGCUGGACAAGAUGAAUUGAGUGGUGGUCCAGGCCCAUCUCAGGAUACCGGGGAACCAUUGCAGAAUGAUACGGAGGGCAGUGCAGCGCCUGGUCCAGGAAGAGAUGUUGCAGGUCCAGCAGAAGCAGCAAUACCGCCGACGCCUGGAGGAUCAGGUACAGGAGGACAGGAGGAAAAGCCAGGGGUUUUGGGUCCAAAUGAUGGAGAACAUACCGACAAUAAAAAAAAUACAAGUGAAACUCAUCUCGAAAAACCAAGAACUAAUCAGUCUUCUUCAUCAUCAUCUUCUGGUAGUCUUGACCCUGAGGGUGCCAAAGGACUCUCUUUGAAAACGAAAAACAAGAGUGAUGAAUCCUCCGAUGAGACACCGACGGAAGACGAAGAAGAUCAUAUAAAUAAAUCUGACAGUCGUGAAGUGGUGCUAAAAGAACAGAUAAACGAAAUACAAGAAGUAAGAAAAGGAAAAAUAAUUCAUGACGCACCAACAGAGACACGUGGAAGUCCAGCCAACGACGCAGGAAUACAAACAGCAACACCACCGCCACCACCAGCAACAAUGAAUGGACCGUCCAGCACUGAGGAUUUACCGCCCGUGCAACCGCUACAACGCGUCCAAUACGACAAGGCAGAAUCAAGGCCACCAUCACCCACGGCAAACGGUGAUGCCGCCAAUAAUGAAGCUGACAAGAACACUAAAGAGGACAUCCCGAACAGUGACCCAGCAUCCGAUGGCACAAACACAGCAGAAAAAAAACCGGAUGAAAAUAAAGAUGCCAAUCCAAAGGAAACACCAGUCGAAGCCACAGCCAUGAAAAAUACAGCAGUGAAUACUGGCGACAGUGACAGCAGCACCGCGGUCUCCCACACCACUUCCUCUCUUUUGCUUCUUCUUCUUGUUGUUGUUGCGGCUGCGGCUGCGGUGGUGGCCGCGUGA